UGUCACAUGACCUGUCAAGUAGGAAGUGUCUAGUUCAGCGAGCGAAGCCUCAGCCUCAACCUCUGCCUCCAGCGCAAAACGUCAGACGACGAGCCCGAGAAAAUUACCAGUGUCUCAUUCUCGACACGUGUCCCGGAACCACUUGAAUUAGUCGACUACAGCCAUGAACGCGAAGGUGUAUUUCGUCGCAGCGGCAGUCCUCGCUUUCAUUGGCGCGUCCGCCGCGUCAGACUCAGAUGGAUGCCCCUCCUUCACCCUUUGUAGCCUUUGUGAAGGCAAUCCUGACUGCCAGUGGCUCAAUUGCACAUCAUCUGUUGAGGUCGGUUGCUACAACAGGACUGCACUGGAGCUAAACGGCACCACCUGUAGCAACGCCAGCUGCAACGUUACUCUGACUGUAAGCUCCCCGGCUCCCACACCUGUUGCCCCUUCCACUGGACACCCUGUUACCCCUGUUGUCCCUACCUCUAACGGCAGCAGCCCUCAGCCCGCUACAGCCAAUGGAACCGUGAGUCCCACUGCUGCACCUACAUCUGCUCGCAAUGCCACCGUGGUUGUACCCACAACUGCAUCCACUAACUCAAGCGGGUCCACGACAAGUGCCCCAGUGACGCCCACUACAGCCCCUCACAAGAACUCCACCUUUGACGCCGCCAGUUUCAUCGGGGGUAUCGUGUUAGUUCUGGGCCUGCAAGCCGUUAUCUUCUUCCUCUACAAGUUCUGCAAGUCCAAGGAGCGCAACUACCAUACCCUUUGAGGCACUAGUGCACGCUCAGGUCCACAACUCUCAGAAUAAUCCCCACCAACCAAAACGCUCCUGUCCGCCUCCCUUGAUAACUCGAACAGUGUUUCCUCCAUGUUACUCCAUUUAAAUGUUAUUUAAAGCCUCCUCGUGGAAACGAGUCAGUUAUUGCGGAAGAGGAAACACUGCUGGAGUUGUUUAAUGUGACAACUGCAAAGGUUCAGUUUAGCUUUUAGCCUGUUCAAUCGUUUGUCGGUCCCCUCUCCCGAAUGCCGUUUUAUCUUGUAUAUGUUGGUCAUAGUUUAUAUGUAAGAGGUUAUGAUUAUUCCCGCCUUUAAUAAGCCAUUUAUCAGGCGAGUGGUUUGACUUAUUGUUUGUCUUGCUGGGCAAAGAUCACCCAAAACAAGUCGUUUGGAUUACAACUGCCCGAAAGAGCAGUUACACGCAAUAAAACAUCAAGUCCAUCUCCUGUCGAUCAUCACCUUAGAUCCCACCAGUUGCGGAAGUGGUCUUCAAAAAUGAAAGAUUGUACAGUAUUUUUAGGAAUAAAGAGACUUAGUUUAAUGAGAAGUCGGAAGCACAUGGCGUGCACUUUUCCUUCAUGUCUACCGUAAUACAGUGGGUGUCAAGUGCCUUUUAAUGUCAAGUGUGGUUGGAGGAAACUUGAGGGAAGGAUGAUUAUUUCUACCUGCUUGAGUGCGAUGUCUUGCAUCACAGCUGGACUGAAGUUACCCAUGGAAAACGAAUAGAAACUUUCAAUCAUAUUUUCCACCUACUCACCAUUGCGCAACAAAACUAGCAAGUUCAUGUACGGUCUUUUUGACCUCCCACCUCUCGUUGGAAAGUUCUAGCACUCCUAAUCAGUGAGUGUCGCUUUAUUUGUGUCGGAAAAUUUGGAUUGCAAUUGUUGUUAAAUAGAAAAUGUUUGUGAAUGAGAGGUCUUUUUGGCUAUGUGCUGCUAUCUGCGUGAUUUUUAUGUUUGCUGUCAUUUAGUCUUGCACGUCUUUGUUAGGUUUUCGUGAAAUUCAGGGAAGUCUUAAUGAAGGAUUGUUAAGCUGCAUUUCUUUUCUUUUUUUGCUUCAGAGCUAGUCACUGAUUGUUAUGGUGAUAUUUAGUUGCUUUUUUGGCAUGCUGGAUGCUUCUCUUGAUACACAACAAUUAAGGCUAAAUUAUUCAUACGCUGGCCAAAGUGGAUCCUGAUUUUCUGAAUGUGGAUGCUAAGAGGCGUAUCAGGCUUAGGUGUCAUUACAAAAUUUCAAGAACAGUAUUUUGGGUUUGUCUUCUGGGAAUUUCUUGUCCCAAGUUUGAAAUGGCACCACAGAAAUGGAUAAAUGUGCUAUGGCGAGGUGAUGAUUUUUUUUUUUUCCCUGCUCAAAACUGAAACCACUUGAUCAGUCAUGAAGAGAAAGCCUUGAAACCGUGAGCCAUCUACGCCAAAUCACUCUGUUUUGGCAUGGAACUUAAGCAUUGCACUGACCAAGUUUGUUUGUACCACGUUUGUAUAAGCCUGAAACUGAAUAGAAAGCUUGUGUAUUAUUAGGCCGUGCAUUACGGAAUAUAAAAUCGCCUUCAUUAUAUCACCAUGUGGCAUUAGGCUACAGCCCAAAGACGCACAGUGAGUGUUUGCCUUAGCCGCAUCCCAUUAUUUCCUCCCCUGAAGUUCCAGAAAUACUUGAGUCUUUAAGUGUCCACCAACGCCGCCGCAUCAUCGGACCUGAAUUCCUAAAAGACAAGCGUCACAUGCUCACAUUGUUGCUACAUAUAAACAUAAGUUCAUUGUGUGUUCUGCGUCUUACUCACUCCCCUGCACAUCUACAGGAAAAGUGCCUUAUUCAGUUAAGUUUGUAAGAGCAGAAAACGAAAUAAAGCUCCGUGAUUGUUUUUUUUUUUUUUGUCAUCAGCACUUUCAGACCCAUGUCGGUAUUUUUAUUUCUCAGUUGGGUGGUUGGUUCUGCCAUUUCUCGCCUUAACUUGGAAGUAAUUUCUCUGUGUAAUUAAUGGUUUGAAACACCUCUACCAUACACCUGAAAGUGAUCUCCUUUCCACAUAAUAGCCACUUUUAUUAAGUCUUGAUUUAAAGCCUCGUGUUCACGCGGUCACAGCUUAGAUUAUGCUUAUUUCCACCACCAAUUCCUUAUUAGCAUGACAUAUUUGUGCAGAAGUAUGGAACAGUUGUCAUUGGACAUUUUGGGAAGUGAAUGGGUACUGAAGCAACCCGCAGGCCAAUGAAAGAAUGUCAGUUCCAGUUGUACAGUUGUGUUGUAAAAUGCAAAACCGAAAUUAUCCAACUGCAACUGUGCGUACUGCUUGGUGGGAACGAAACUUUUUUAACACCUCGAGAUGACUUUCAAGCUGGCCAGUAAGUUUUAACAAACUCCUAUAAGUGUUUAAUUUCUAAGCUAUUUCAUUCCUUGAAUGGCUCAAUGGCCUGAUUGCACACAUAACUGGGGGUGCCAUGCAUUUGUGUUGCCUUCUUAAGGCCAUCAGUCCGUCUUUGGUACGAUUCCAAUGGCUUUGUACAACAAAGAAACGUGCCCUUUUUUUUUUUCUUAUCGGUCGCUUCAUUGUUCUCAAGUGUCGCUUUAAGUUGAAGCCUGUUGACCCAAUAAAGUUUGUUCAAACAAUUGUCA